CUUUGAGAACGUGAUGUCAAUAUCUCUGUCAGACCGGCGCUGGAAGAAUGGAUAUGAGAUUUGUAUUACUUACUGAUGCAAUCAUGUGUACCUGUGUCAACACACACUUAUUAUUGUAGUCAGAACAGAUUUGAAUUCCUAAUUUAUUUAUCGCUAUGACAAUGGACAAGAUGACUGAUAUUCAGAGCAGCACCACAAACCUGCUGUUGAAUGGUGAAGUCGACGUUGCAGUCGUACCCAGUGGUUCAUCUUCCCAGAGUCACGAUGUCAAACAGACUUACUACACGUUACCAUCAGCUCGCUUCACCAACAUAGUUCGACUUGUGCUCUUUAUUGAUGGAGUUGUGUCAGCCGUCUUGUGGCUCACAGGUGGAACAUCAGAAUAUUUUGUGGAUAACAUCGUUCACUUCCACCUAAAGGAAUCCGUGUUCGAUCUGGCACUAAUGGCGGCACUGAAAAUUAUUUUCCUUGUUCCAUUUUACUCCAUUCUCGAGGACACAUGCUACAAGUUGAUAGACAGACCUUUCCACAAAGAUCUGCAGACACAUUCCAUUAUUUCUCGAUUUGCGGUCAUCGUGCUGUCACUAGGGUUCAUGGCAUUUGCUGCUACAAAGGGAGGAUUAAUCUUAUAUGCAUACCUGUACGAUGCUUCCUAUUCGUUGAUGCAUGUUACGUACAAUGCACUGGUCAUCAGUGCAUUCUGCUUCUCUCUUAUCGAACUGCUACUGUCUCUGUGGAGUUUUAUAGCUUUAAGAAAGAUUUCUUCCAUUCGACGGAUCCAUCGAUUAAAUGCUCGUGGACAGGAAGUUGGGGAAGAUGGAAAGCCGAUCAGAAAGAAUGUUGGUUUGAUAAGAUUGGCUUCAUUGGCAAGACCGGAACUCGGCAUUCUGAUGAUAGCAGGAGUCGCACUGCUUGGUUCAAGUGGAGCUCAGAUGGUUGCUCCUCUGUUCUUCGGAAAAGUUGUAGAUUCAGCUCAAAAGAGCAUGAAGGAGCUUAAUAUGACCGUGCUGAUUCUGGUCGCUAUUUACUUUGUUGGAGCAAUUGCUUCAAUGAUCCGAUCAUGGAUAUUUGUCCUUGCUGGCCAGCGAUUGGUUGCCCGACUACGGAAACAUUUGUAUGCUGCCAUCAUUAAGCAGGAAGUGGCAUUCUUUGACACAAAUAGAACCGGUGAGCUGUGCAAUAGGCUGUCUUCUGACACACAAGUCCUGCAGAGUGCCAUAACACUCAAUCUGUCCAUGUUGUUGAGGUUUUCUCUUCAAAUUCUCGGUUCUAUCGUCUUCAUGUUCUACCUGAAUCCGGCGCUCACUGGAGUUCUGUUAGCUGUUGUACCAGUUGUGUCACUUGGAGCAGUUCAGUAUGGCAAGUUUGUGAAGAAGUUACGUAAACAGUUUCAGGACUGUCUAGCUGAUGCGGGCACGCAAGCUGAGGAAUCGCUGUCCAGCGUUCGAACUGUCCGGAUGUUUUCUGCCGAGACGAAAACCCAGGAUUCAUACAAUCGGGAUAUUGACAAGAGUUACCAGGCGGGGAAAAAGCUGGCAGCUGCACAGGGAGUCUUCAAUGGUGCUGUUGGCAUAGUGGCUUCGGGAGCUAUUGGUGUAGUCCUGUGGUAUGGCGGGAAGCUUGUGUUUGAAAAUACACAGAACCCAAAGGUUGGCAUCACAUCAGGAGUGCUUACUGCUUUCCUGCUGUAUACUCUCCAAGUUGCUGUGGCCUUUGGUAUGCUUUCCUCCGUGUAUGGAGAUUUCAUGCAGGCUGUUGGUGCAUCAUUAAGGAUCUUUAACCUAAUGGAUCGACAACCAGAGAUGGUGGAGAGUACCAAAGCUCUCAUUCUACCACAGUUGACAGGAAAUGUGGAGUUUCAGAAUGUGUGUUUUACCUAUCCAUCAAGACCUGAAAAGCAAGUUCUUACGAAUGUGAGUUUUUCUGUAAAGCCUGGUCAAAUGGUGGCACUGGUUGGGCCCUCUGGUGGAGGAAAGUCAACUAUAGUUAAUCUCAUUGAAAGAUUUUAUGAUCCAAACUCUGGCAUCAUUUAUUUAGCUGGUCAUAACCUAAAGGAUUUUAACCCGAGAUGGUUUCGUCGGAACAUCUCCAUGGUGAGCCAGGAGCCCACACUGUUUGCCUGUUCUAUUAAAGACAAUAUAGCUUAUGGACGAGAUGCAGAUAUUGAAGAUAUAAGAGAGGCAGCUAAGCAGGCCAAUGCUGAUGAGUUUGUGUCUGGGUUUGAACAAGGCUACGAUACUCUAGUCGGUGAGAGAGGUGUUCGGCUGUCUGGUGGCCAGAAACAGCGUAUUGCAAUUGCACGGGCCCUGAUCAUGGAUCCUGUCUUGUUGCUGCUUGAUGAGGCAACAAGUGCUCUAGAUGCGGAGAGUGAACACUUGGUACAGGAGGCUGUCGACCGCGCGAUGAAGGGUCGAACAGUUAUUGUUAUAGCUCAUCGUCUCUCCACCGUCAGAAAUGCUUCACAGGUGGUGGUCAUUGACAAAGGCACAAUAGCUGAGCAAGGAACACAUGAAGAGCUUUUGGCGAAGAAUGGAGUUUAUAAACGACUGGUGUUACGACAGCUCGUGACUGGAGAUGAACAGAGUAACGGUAACCAGUCUGAAAACAAGGCCUCCAAAUUGACUGGUUCAGAGUUGGGUACUGAUGGAGGCACAGAACAAUGACCAGCUCUUACAUAAAAUAUAAUUCAAGACCUGGGCCACGUUCCACAAAGCGAUCUUAGCCCUAAGAUCACCGCAAGUCCAUAGUUACCAUAUGCACUAAGGUGAUCUUAGUGCUAAGAUCACUUUGUGGAACAGGGCCCUGGGGCCUAAUUCACUAAACUCUCGCAGUGCAAUGCUAAAAGACUUGCAAAAAGGAUGCUUUGUUGUCUAGCAGGGCCUAAGAGAUCUUUGUGAAUUAGGCCCAUUGGGCCUAUUUCGCACAGCUCUGUUAUGCUCUUUUAUUUAAGCAACAUCACAUUGUCCUUGCAUGUAUGUAUGUAUGUAUGUUUGCAUUGCACUGCAAGGUUCUGAAGUUUGGCAGUUCGGAGAAGUAGGCCCCUGACUGGUUUAGAUGGUUGGUUAAGACAUUAGGUGUCUAUAGGUUCUGAAGUUAUGGGAGUUCGGAGAAGUAGGCCCCUGACUGGUUUAAAUGGUUGGUUACGACAUUAGGUGUCUAUAGGUUCUGAAGUUAUGGGAGUUCGGAGAAGUAGGCCCCUGACUGAUUUAGAUGGUUGGUUACGACAUUAGGUGUCUAUAGGUUCUGAAGUUAUGGGAGUUUGGAGAAGUAGGCCCCUGACUGGUUUAAAGGGUUGGUUACGACAUUAGGUGUCUAUAGGUUCUGAAGUUAUGGGAGUUCGGAGAAGUAGGCCCCUGACUGGUUUAAAUGGUUGGUUACGACAUUAGGUGUCUAUAGGUUCUGGAUUCUCAGAGUGUGUGAUCUGAUCAUUCUGAAAAAGUGAGGCCGUAACACCGAUACCACCCCCCUGCUCAUAUCCCGAUUUUUUACAUUCCUGUGAAAGCAGCUCGGCUAGCCAGCAGAAAACACCUCAGAAUAGCCCUAAAAGGGGUCAGUUUUUAAAAAAUUCCCCCAGACCCCCCGCCACGGGCUUUGCGCCUGCGGCGCUCGCGGUGUCAGGCUUUGCCAGACCCCUCGACCCCUCCCCCCUGCAAAAUUUCCUGUGUACGCCCCUGAUUUCAUCACAGUAUUAAUUGGUAAAUCCACUUUGUCUAUUUUUAACUUUCUACCACUGAAUAUUGCCACAGACAUUAGGCUUCUUGGAUCUCCCGAGUGCAUAAUAUUACAAUUAAAUGAUGACAUUGUAUUAGUGUUCCAUAGUGUUACUUUUUAAUAAAAUAUAGUUUGUGUGCAUAGUCUAUCAUUAAUCUCGGUAUAUACAUGUAAUGUAUGUCACUGCGCCAUAGUUUUGGUUUGUUUUUUAACUUCUCAACAAUUCAUAGACAAUCAACAUAAGUGAGGAAACUGUUACAUAGAUCUUCAACAUUGAAUAUCUGAUCAGCCAUCUUGGUUUAUAUUGGCUAGAAUGUUGGUAAAAUCCAUUUCCCUCUUCUUAUAUUAACAUCACAUUGACAACAUCACAAUGAUUGCUGUAAUAACAUAUGUAAAUUAAAUGUUCCAGAAAAUAUUAAGUAUUUUUGAAAGUAGGUUGUGUGGUAACAAAUGUAAAAAAUAUAGUCGCCUGUGAUCAGCAAACACCAAGAUUGUAAUGCAGUGUAUUACUGUCACUAAAGGAGAAACUACGCAUUUUGUUUCAUGUUAUUUUGUUAUGUAGAAACCAUCUUAGUAAAUUUAAUUGUUGUAUGUUUCUUUAUUUUUAUUCAAGGUUAAUUUUAGCUCAAGUGGUUCAUUUUGUCUUGUCCAAAAACGUUUCAAAACCUGUCAUAUCUAGGAAUGUAUUGUCUUUGCACCUUCAGAAGAGAAAAAUAUACAUAUACAGCAGGCUUCCACGAAUUGGAAGAAUGGUCGUUUUGUUUGUGCAUGGGUUAUGCAAUUUUAUUUGGCAUAAUUGAUUUACCAUUUGGGUAAAACUUACUGAUCAGGCCUAGCAAUGUGGGUUUUUUUAAUAAAACAAAAAAGAAUAAAAGAUUAUGCUUAGCAGAAUUGGUUAUGCAAACCAAAAUAUGUUUUGUAAUUGUGGGAGGUUUUUUGUUUUUGGUGUAACACCUUUACAUGUUAUAUAAAUUUAAUAAAUUGUGGAGGCCUGUACAGGUAAACAUUUUCCUAAAGGCUGAUCCAGUUUGAUUUGACGAUUAUCGGUCGCUGAUCAACUUUUUUGCAUCAAACUACUUGUGCCACGGUCAUGUAGAACAGAUAGGUCUUCGACCCAGAAUGACCUGGGUGCUCUUGCAAAUGGUGUUAAAGGGACAGACCCUAGUUUUUAAACACUACAGCAUAUUUUUUUACUAUUAGAGCCGUUUAUGAUCACUGAAAUCAAACAUUAUUUACAUUGUAUUGUUUAGAUUAUCCAUUUCCAUAGAACCGAAAUGUUUCAGGUCAUCCUGGUGUUUCAAAUACCAAACAAUACAUUUACCGUAUUUUUAGCAGUUUAUUGGUUCUAGUAAAUUUUUAGGGAUAUUUCCAUUUUAACGUCACAGACUCACCUUUCACUCUAUUGUAACUUUAUCCAAAUGAGUUACAGGUUUGUAAAUUAACUAAAGUUAAUGUCUACUUUUUAUAGGUUAAAAGUAGGUUAAGACAAUUGCCGAUUCCCUAAUCGUAAAUAUUUGUUUUGCUCCAGACUGUGGCUCUGAUCUGGUAAUCGCCAGGUUGACCCAAACUAGCCUUAAUGUAGACAUGCCCAACACUUAAAGGUUAAAUUAAUGUCAAGUAUAGGUUUUGUGGAAGAUACUGGGAAAACUAUAUAGGCAUCAGAAGAUACCAGCCAUUGGGGGGAUGGGGGUAGUUAUUAGAUAUGAGGUUUUAUUAUAAAUUGUAUAUAUAAUUUGAUUUUUAUAACUAGCUGUGGUCAUAUUAAAAUGGUACUCUAAUAACAUGAAGAAUUAUAACCUAAAUUCUUGUGAACUUUCCAGGUAAAAAAAAUAAAUUAUUCAUUCAAAUCCAUAUUCUGGCCACCUGUGAAUUAUGCCAGUUAUUUUAUUCAGGUAUAUCAAAGUUCAUAUAUCUCCUUUAUGACAAUGCAGUUGUAAAGGGAUAAAAAAAAUCAAAAAAAUCAAUCAAGUUCAUGUGUAUUCUCUUAUGCCCCGGUGAGUUCCAAAUGUAAUAAUGAAAUUUGUUUUAUCAUUGACAAUUUAAUUAUUAUUAUAUACAACACAUGGCCAUCUAAUUGGCCAAUCCAUGGAAACAAAGGAUAACCACAUUCAACAUGACAGCCGAAAAAACCCUUCAACAUCUGUGAAAGUGGAGUACUGAUUAGAUUAAAAUUGGUUUCAAAAUUGGGUACUCUGUUUUGUUUUAAGACGGAAGAUACAAAUUAUUAGUUUUAAUAUGUUAAUCAAAGAAUGUUGAUUUUCUAUAUGUAUUUUCUUGUUUUAUGAAUGUUUUUGAAAGUACACAUGUACAUGUAUACCUUCAUACGUGUGAAACAUAUCAAGUCAUCAUGCAAUUUUACAUUGUCACGUUGUUUUUUAUUAAAUAUUGUUGAAGAAUGAUAGUGUGUUACAUUUGUGCUAGUAUUUAUUGAUGUAUUGUUCAUUGUUUGUAUUUAGUGAAAAUAAAGAUAUUUAUUACA